AUGAAGUACCUCUCCCCCGUCUGGACGCCCAACCAAUUCUCAGGUCGCGUCGUCUUCUGCACGGGCGGCUCGGGUAGCAUCUGCUCCGUCCAAGUCGGCGCACUCAUCUCUCUCGGCGCAAACGCCUGCAUCGUCGGCCGCGACGCCACCCGGCUCUCCGCCACUGCCACCCGCCUUCGCGCCCUGCGCCCUGGAGCUGUCGUCCUCCCCCUCACCACCGACGUCCGGGACGCCGCCUCCCUUUGCACAGCAGCAGACACCUGCGCGGCCCAGUUAGGCAGCAUCGACAUCUGCAUCCUCGGCGCGGCCGGCAACUUUCUGGCACCCAUCAGCGCGCUCAGCCCGAACGCGUUCAAGUCCGUAGUGGACAUCGACCUUCUAGGCAGCUACAACGGUAUGAAAGCGUGCGCUCCACACAUCCUACGCGCAGGGGGAGGGCGUUUCAUAUUCGUCAGCGCCACGCUGCACUACACGGGCACGCCGUGGCAGGCGCACGUUUCUGCGGCAAAGGCGGGGGUGGACGCGUUGAGUGCCGCGCUCGCUGUGGAAAUGGGACCACGCGGGGUGACGAGUAACGUCAUCGCCCCUGGGCCCAUAGCGGGUACCGAGGGGAUGGGCAGGCUGCUGCCACAAAGGGAAUUGGAGAAGGCAAGAAGGAGCGUGCCCCUGCAGAGGUAUGGUGAGCCCCACGAGAUCGCCGAUGCAACGGUUUUCUUGUGUAGUGAGGCCGGCAGCUUUGUUAAUGGCGCUGUGUUGGUCGUGGAUGGUGGGGCGUGGCAUAGGCAGGGGAGUACUGGGCAGUAUCCGGAGAUGGUGUUGGAGGGCGCCGUGGUGGAGGGGGUUAAAGGCAUGAAGAAGGAGAACGAGAGCAAGUUGUAA